ACCCGCUUGUACACUGACAUCUUGUCACCAACUUUGCCGUUUAGCUAAACAACGGACAUCACAACCAGCCCGAAACCCAAAGGGGCUCUGAGUAGCCUUGAGCUCUAGGUCGCUGCAGAAAUAUCCAAUUGAAAAAGUCGAUCUGCAAUAGGAUACAGCCAGACGGAGGCUCAACAUGGAUCCGCUAGAAGAAGCGCCGUGGGCUGACGCGGCUACGACCAGCACCAGCCAGUCAUCAUCCCAGCAGCAUCAGGACGACAAUACCGCUACUUCCAAGCCAUCAGAAAGCAGCGCGGGUGGCUCCAGCUCCCUCUCUGCCAGCACCGGAGGCCCGCGACCGUCUAGACUCACACCCCGUCGGCUCCUUGCCCAGCCCACCCGCCUGCAAGCUGUCGAGGAUGACCCGCUCGGUCCUCUCGGAGCACCGCCCUCAACCGGCGCGACCACUCCGGGUGCAGCUCCGCUAUCGGAGAACCUUUCGCCCACCGGCGGCUCCUCCGACACAGGCCCGCCUGCGCCACCCAAGGAGCACUCGCUCGCGAUACGGCCCGGCGGAGGAGCGCAGCAGCGCAGGGGAGGGCCCCCAGACCCGCACCGGAUCGACGACGAUGACGAUGACGAUCGGCUGUUCGAUACCACCAACCGUGGGCCGAGGGUGCCGCCCCCUGUCGCGCCGGCGCCGCAUGGUCCCGGAGGGGCGGCGAGGCCCGGUGGGGUGGCGCAGAGUGUGAGCAUCGAGCAGGCGGCCAAGCCGACCUUUUGGAUUACGGUUGGCGACCCGCACAAGGUUGGAGAUUUGACUAGUUCGCACAUUGUAUAUUCCGUGCGAACGAAGACGACAUCAAAGGGUUACAAACAGCCCGAGUUCGAGGUCAAGAGACGAUACAGGGACUUCCUGUGGCUGUACAACACGCUGCAUGGGAAUAACCCUGGCGUCGUGGUUCCGCCGCCUCCUGAGAAGCAGGCCGUUGGCCGUUUCGAGAGCAACUUUGUUGAGUCUCGAAGACAAGCACUGGAGAAGAUGCUCAACAAGAUAGCAGUGCAUCCUACUCUACAGCACGACCCGGACUUGAAGCUAUUUCUGGAGAGCGAGUCAUUCAACGUCGAUAUCAAGCACAAGGAACGAAGAGAGCCUCUCAACAUGGUUGGCGGCGAAAGCAAGGGCAUGUUCAGCAGUCUAGGCAUCGGUGGUAGCACCAACAAGUUUGUUGAGCAGGAUGAUUGGUUCCACGAGCGUCGGGUCUACCUCGACGCAAUGGAGAAUCAGCUCAAAGCCCUACUCAAGGCGAUGGAGACUAUGGUUGGCCAACGCAAGGCAAUGGCUGAGGCCGCAGGUGACUUUUCGGCAUCCCUCCACGCCUUGUCGACGGUGGAGCUCUCCCCAGCACUAUCGGGCCCCUUGGACGCUCUUUCAGAACUGCAGACAACGAUUCAGGACGUGUACGACCGUCAAGCCCAGCAAGACGUUCUGACAUUUGGGAUCGUCAUCGAGGAGUAUCUCCGGCUCAUCGGUAGCGUUAAGCAGGCCUUUGCACAGCGACAAAAGGCAUUUUACGCAUGGCACGGUGCGGAGACAGAGCUUAACAAGCGGCGGGCCGCGCAGGACAAGCUACUGCGUCAGGGCCGGUCGCAGCAGGACAGGCUCAACCAUGUCAGUGCAGAGGUUGCCGAUGCCGAACGCAAGGUCCACCAGGCGCGACUGCUGUUCGAUGACAUGGGCAAAUUGAUGCGUACUGAGCUGGAUAGGUUUGAGAGGGAGAAGGUGGAAGACUUCAAGAGCGGAGUGGAGACGUUCUUGGAAAGCGCUAUCGAGGCGCAGAAAGAGUUGAUCGAGAAGUGGGAGACCUUUCUCAUGCAGCUGGAUGCCGACGAUGAUGAUGCGGCGUUCUACAAACCGCCUGUCUUGGCUUCGGCUGAUAACGGCGGCGGGAACAACAAGCCGGCUGGACAAACGGCUGUGGACCGGGCCCGUGCAAGAAUCGACGAAGACUCGGAUUAAGUCGUCCUGAAGUCAUGUUUUGCUGUCAUGCCCUAAAGCGCUGGACUUUUCAACACCGGCCACUACGAUACUUCGAAACGACAGAGAUUUGUGUCGUCGAAACAUGCGCUUUUGAUCACUUGUUAAUGGUUAUCUACCCAUGGUGGCUUUGUUAAUCGAUGCAGAGUAAUGGGAGUUCAAAAAAGUGCCGUACUGUUCAAAGCAUAUAUACCUCCGCAUCAUAUACAGGAGAUUUCUCUGUCAAAACAGCAGCCGGUGCAAAGUGACAAAAAAAGUUAUUUCCGUGAUAUUAUCAUACAACAGCCCAAUCUCG